CUAUCAGUGUCAGGAAUGCAAGCAGAGCUACAUUUGUCCCUCACAUCUAAGGAUUCACCCUGGGGAGAACCCUUAUGGAUGUAAAUUAUGUGGGAAAACCUUUCCUUAUUUCUAUUCCCUCACUCAACACAUCAGGAGUCACACUACAGAGAAAAACUAUGGAUGCGAGCAAUGUGGGAAAGCCUUCAGUGAGUUCUCCAGUCUUACCAGACACUUGAGGACUCACAGUGGAGAGAAGCCAUAUAAGUGUAAGGAAUGUGGGAAAGCCUUCAUUUAUCCCUCAAUCUUUCAAAGACACAUGAUCACACACACUGGGGAGAAGCCCUAUGAAUGUAAAGUUUGUGGGAAAACUUUUCGUCAUCCCUACUCCCUCACUCAACAUAUAAAGACGCACACAGCCAAGAAAAGCUAUGAAUGCAAGCAAUGCAGCAUAGCCUUCAAUGCGUCCUCCAGUCUGACUAGACAUGAGAAAACCCACACUGGAGAGCAGGCAUAUCAGUGUAAGGAAUGUGGGAAAGCCUUUCCUUAUCCCUCCACCUUUCGGAGGCACAUGAUAACACACACUAGAGAGAAGCCAUAUGAAUGUAAACAGUGUGGGAAAACCUUCAGUUAUCCCCAGUCUUGCCAAAGACAUGAAAAGACUCACACUGGAGAGAAACUCUAUGAGUGUAAGGACUGUGGGAAAGCCUUCAGUUGGCCUGAAACCUUUCAAGUGCACGUGAGAAUGCACACUGGCGAGAAACUCUAUAACUGUGAAGACUGUGGGAAAGCGUUCAGUUCUCCUAAGUCCUUUCAAGGUCAUGUGAGGACUCACACUGGAGAGAAACCUUAUACAUGUACACAGUGUGGAAAGGCCUUCAGUUGGCCCUCAUCCUUACAGAAACAUGUGAGAAUGCACACUGGAGAGAAACCCCAUGAAUGUGAACAGUGUGGAAAAGCCUUCAAGUGGCCCUCGUCCUUUCGAAACCACGUGAGAAUGCACACUGGAUAGCAACUCCACGAAUGCAUGAAAUAGUCAAAGGUUUCAGUAAGUCAUACUUUCUGUGGAGGAAUACUAUAACUGAAAUUAAUGUUGGAACACCUCAUGCUGGUUAUUGUGUACUGCUCCAGAAAAUUCACACAAGGAGAGAAAUAUUAUAGAAGUUAUAGAUGGGGUAUUGUC